AAGCUUGUCUCUAUUGUUCUGUUCUUGUAUUGCAACGUAGCGCAAAUCAUAAACAAAUUAUAAGCAAACAAUAGCAGGCUGAGGAGUAGCUAAAAUAAACUCAAGGCACUAGCAAUAAGUACUGAAUUUCUAUCCAUAAAUUUGUAUCUUUCCAGAAACUCGCAGGCUGUGGUCUCUGUUUGGUUUUAGAUCUUACACUAUAUAAAAAAGGCUAGCUCCUUUAUCUAGCUGUGAGACAACAAAAAAAGAAAAGAAAAAUUAACCUAGCAAAUUCAGUGUUUUGGACAAUGGCCAUAACUAUAAACAAAAUCAAACAAGUAUUAGUUGCAGGAGCAAUUGGUGAUGCUAUUGGUAGAAAGGUGGAGUUUUGGACUUGGAGCUUCAUAAAAGAAGUAUUUGGAAAAUCAGGUAUUACAAAAACCAAACUAGCUAAGGGGGAGUGGUUGGUUUCUGACGACACUCAAAUGAGUUUCUUUUGUUUAAAUGGAAUCUUCGAUUAUCUUGGUCUGAAAGAUAGCAAUCACAUAAACAGCGACAAAUUAGUUCUUGAAAUUUGGAAAAAUUACAAAGAUUGGUAUUUAACACAGCAAAAUGGAACUUCUAAUGUAAGUUUUGAUCAGCCAAAGCGUUGGAAGAUCCUUAAAUCAAAUAAAAAAAACAAGUUACUUUCUUAUGAAUCUUUGUGGAAUGCUCGAGCCCCAGGUUUGACAUGUCUUGGAGCUAUAAAGAACAACAAAAUGGGUACAUAUUCUGAUAAGCUAAACAACUCAAAGGGCUGUGGCACAAUUAUGAGAGUUGCUCCAUUGAUUAUCUUGUCACAGAGGCUAUCAUUGCCUGAAUUAUUUGAUAUAGGCUCCAGACAGGGCGCCACCACGCACUCUAAUCCAAUGGGUUAUUUAAGUGGUGGGUUCUUCCUAGGUUAUUUAAAGCUUAUCAUGGAAGGAAAGUCCUUCGAUGAGUCUUUCAAUGAAAAUUUGAAAAUCUUAACAGCUUAUAGUGAAUUUUUAGAAUCCGAAGAUGAUAAAAAAGAAGUUUUGAAUAUGUUGAAGUAUCUUGAGGAUUUAGUAGACGUUAUACAAGAAUCUAAAAAAAACAAGAAUAUUUUGAGACAUGAUGAGUUAGUUGGUAGGCUUGGUAAAGGUUGGGUAGCUCACGAAUCAUUGGGAAUCGCUAUUUACUCUAGUCAAGUAGCAAAAGAUUUUGAUGAUUUGCUAGAUAUUUCAAUUAACCACAGAGGAGAUUCUGAUUCAACUGGUUCUUUGGCUGCCCAAUUGAUGAUAGCUGAUCCAAAUAUAGAAUUGCCUGAAUUUUUUAAUUCAGAAGACUUUUAUUUUCAUACUCUUGACGUUGGAGAACCAUUUGAAUAUUUAUUCAAAUUACUUGACAAGCAUAAGAAAAAAUUGCUAAUCAAUUAGGGACUUUCAUUAAGUAGUUAAUAAGAAAAUAUAAAAUAUAAAAUAUAAAAUCAUUAAUGUAUCAUCAUGGUAUCUAAUGAGUUUC